AUGUCCUCUCACACAGAAUCCAAUGCUGCCAUGGAACUUGCAUACAACAAGAUGCAAGACAUUGUCUCCAAGGCGUUGAAGAUGCAAGAUGGCCACCCAGAGCAUCAGAAGCAGGCGUUUUCUUUAGCAAUUGAACUUUCAUCAGCAUUAGGUUCUCAUGGCCGAUCGGCCACAUUGAUCCCACCGAUGGUGUUGUCCAUUGCCACAGAGGUCAAGGAUGCCACCUACCAGAGAAAGUUCUUGAGGCCGAUUGACUGGCAAUCACUACAACACGAUGACCCUCGUAUCAACGACCACCCCUUCAAGGAAAAAGCUCGUGCGUACAUCGCUAACCAUACAGUCGAACCAGCAACCAUGCCAUCUUUGGCAACCGGAUCUUCGGACAUGGCAUCUACAUCUGCAGCUGCUGCCAUGUUGGAGGUCAAUCCUAAUCCCACAGCGAAGCCAGACCACAUUGCCCGACGUUUCCAUACUACCCCCCCUCGCCCAUCUCAGAUUCAAUCUCACACAUCCUCCUGGCCUCGAUCAUUUGGACCCAUAUCCAGCUUGACGGAAACAAAGGGCAAGGGGAAGGGAAAGGGAAAGGAAGCUGAACCAUCGACACCCCAUUGGCCGAUCGUCUCACAAUCCACUCGCCGAAAACACUCUCGAAGUCCAACUGCCCCUCCCAAUCGGCCAGACACCACGGAUGACCAAGACCAAGACGAGGAUGAAGAAGAACAGCUCAUGGAGGACGACGAACUGAUGAGGACUGCCGUUAGCAAGGCGAAAGGGAAGCAGAAGGCUAAGCGAGAAACUGACGACAAAGCUACAAGAGGAUGGUCGAUGCUUCCAUCGAUUGUAGUAAAGCAGAAGAAAAAUCUGCCCAGUAUGUCCAAGCCAGCACCUGGGACAUCGGCCACUUCGAAACGCCCAUGGGAUUGUGAUCUGUGCUUGCGAGCAGGAGUGCCUUGUCUGCCAGGAAUCGGGAAACGCACUAAGAAGCCCAUUGGCACAUGUGCCCGCUGCCACCAGAGCAAGCUCAGAUGCAGGCCACCAACAGACACCGUUGUCAGCCCUCCUGCCACAACCACCAGCCAACCAGAGCCAACAGGCAAAAACAUAACUUGGUCAAAAUCUCGGGCUUGGCCAGUCCCAUUCACCAAGACAAGGGUAGGUACACAGCUCUCAGUGGUGAGGGAUGAAUCUGUAUUGCUCGAGGUGUCAUCUGCUGGUGGUCAAGCAGAUACUCGAGAGUCAUCUCCAAAUAUAACUGAUGCUGAAACACCAAACACCGCAGACGAGGAAUCAACGGCUGUUGAUGGCGACCCCAUGCGUAGGCCAGACAGAUCCUCCCUCGACAUUGUCCCUCCGGCUGAUGAGGAUCAUAUCAUGCACGACAUGACAGCCGACAUGGAUGCGACAGGUGAUGGGACUGGCGAGCUGGAUGUCACGGAACAAAGCAAUGUACAGGUCAACAUUGAUUCGAGGGCCGAAGUCAAUUCGACGGUGCCACUGGCUGUGCAGCAACAAGAACUUCCACUGGCAAAUUCCGACCUUACCGGAGAACAUAGACUCACUGGUUUGGAGCAGAGGGUGGAUCUGUUGGAGCAGGGAAACACAGUUCUCAACAGCCGGUUAGAGGUCACCAGUGCAUCCCUCCAUGUCAGUCAACUCCAGCUGACAGAGGUUACACGUCAUCUGGCCACAAUGGUGGUCAUUUACGAAGGCUUGCAUCAAACAUAUGUUUCCGAUGACCCUAUGUUUCCUGCGCCAGUCGCAUCUCAGUCCAACAUCACCUUCGUGAGUCUUAUACUUCGAUACACCCACCGUACUUCUCUUGGAACCUUCGUUGUUCAUCGGAAGCUCUUUGGACGCUUUGCGCAACCUCGGACCUUCAGUUUAUUGACAUCGGACCAUCUUCAGACCACCUUCGGACCACUUCAGGACGCAUCCUCGGAACAUCAAGCGUUCUCUUGGUAA